AUGAACAUCUUUAUGACUUUAAGCCAGAAAAACAAUGAAGUUGAUCUAAAAGAAAAUAAUGGCUUUUAUCUCAUGAAAUUUGCAUUUUUAAAUGGACAUAUUGAUUUAAUUAAAUAUCUUCUUGACAAAAAAGUUAUUUUAUUCAGAAAAGAACUGAAAGAAGAAUUGAAAUAUAGGAAAAAAGGCUCAUGGGUUGCUUAUUAUUACCAUAAAAAGCCAUCCAAAGAAGAAGAAGAUAAUGAUGAUGAAUAUGAAUUAGGUAAUAAUCCAAAAUACAAUUAUUACAAUGUUAUGGAUGAAGCAAAACAUGAUAUCAUUGAAGCAUAUCAACUCAUUUUAGAAAAUGGUGGCAAAUCUUUAGCAGUAGGAAGCGAUAAUUGUAAAACACUUCUUGAUUAUCAUUCUAUGAAUGGCAAUUUCGAAAUUGUUAAGGUUCUUGUUGAACAUGGUGCACGAAUCAUGUUAAGUACAUUAAAAUUAUGUAGUGAUUUUCGAUCAUUAUAUUUUUUGAUUGACCAUUCCGAUGAAGAAUUCAUUACAGAAAAUCUUGAAUUGUUAAUUAAUAACGACGAAAAACUCUCUGGAUUUCUUUAUUUCAUGAAAAAUCACUCACUUGACAUUUUAAAUUCAUAUGGAAUUCUUACCUGCUUGUCAAAAUCUUUACAGGUUGAAAAUGAAAGUGUUUGCAUUUAUAUCUUGAAAAAUCUUGAUUUUCAUUGUGAAGAUUAUUAUGAAAAUAUUCCGGAUGAAUAUGAUAAUUGGCUUAUUAAAUCAAUUAAAAUGAAUUCUUCAGAAUGUGUUCGAUUACUUCUCGAAUUCAUGGAAAAAUAUAAAUUACUUGAUGGAUAUUUCACUCCAAGAACUAUCAAUCUCAAACAAUCUAAUGGUCCACAAUCACGUGAAUCUAUCAUCCCAGAUUAUUAUCUUCAUGCAACGAAACAGAACAACACAGAAAUUGUUCAAAUCCUUAUUGAACACAAAGUUCCAAUUCAUCAAAUAUCGAACGACUUCAUUCAAAAUGCAUUAUUUUGGGCAGCUGUUCGUCAAAACAAAUCAAUCAUUGAUUUAUUACUUUCUUAUUGA